AUGGAGGCAUUCGACAUCUCCAACCCCGGCGACUGGGAGAGCUAUGCUUCCCAUGUCUCAUUCUUCAUGGUGGUGAAUAAGUUCACGGACGCCGAGCAGAAGCAGGCAGUUUUCCUCAGCGUCUGCGGGCCCCAGACAUUCCAGCUGGCCCAGACCCUCGUGGCCCCCGCAAAGCUCGAGGAGACCAGUUUCGACGCCAUCAUGAUGGCGCUGGGCGGCCAUUACCCGCAGCCCACGGUGUUGGCCCACGGCCAUGACUUCCACCUUCGCGACCAACAGCCUGGAGAGACCGCUGCCAAGUACCUCGCCGCUCUCCGCCAGAGCGCAAGGUCCUGCGCUUUCUCAGUCCACAGCGUUGACAAGCUCUCAACCACCGUUUUCAUUCAGGGGACGCCCUGCGAGAUGGGUGGAUCCGCCCUCUCCAUCAUAUCUGCGGACACCUUCCAGGUCCUGGCCGAGUGCGCCCCGAUGCCCAAGCUGCAGCCCUCCAGCCUCAUCAUUACGGAAUUCCAACGCUGCCGCGUUCAGGUCGAGGGUGUCGACCGCGUGAACAUGCGCUAUGGGUCCCGUACGAGCCGCCUGUGCUUCGUCGUUGUCAAGGGGCCCCGCGCCAGCCUCCUGGGGUUUGAGUGUUUCAAGGCCCUCAGACUGCAAAUCACGGGCCUGCACCACCUCAACAGAGCGCCCCUCGAGUCUGUCUGGGCCGAGUACGAGGAUGUUUGGCGUGGCCCCUUGGGCUGUUACAAGGGGCCACCUGUCUGCCUCCUCAUCGACCCCGCCGCCAUCCCCAUCCGACUGAAGCCCCGCCGUGUCCCCUUCACGCUCAAGGACCAGAUCGACGCAGAGCUCGAUCGCCUCAUCGCCCAAGGCGUCCUGGUUCCGGUACCCAAUGCGAAGUGGGAAACCCCGAUCGUCACGCCUCUGAAACCGAACGGGGACGUCCGCAUCUGUGCGGACUACAAGUGCACGCUGAACAAGGCCCUGCAGAGUCACGCCUACCCUGUGCCCGUCGUGAGCCACCUUCUGUCCUCCCUCGCCAGGGGCCGGUUCUUCGCCAAACUAGACCUGGCCCAGGCGUAUCAGCAGCUGCCGGUGGACGAGGCCUUGACGGAGGCGCAGACCAUCGUCACUCACCGGUGCGCGUUCCGGGUGACCCGUCUGCAGUUCAGGGUCAGCACGGCCCCGAGGAUCUUCCAGAACAUCAUGGAGGACCUCCUUAAGGGCCUGCCUGGCGUCGUCCCGUACUUCGAUGAUGUCCUGAUCGCAGCUGCCUCCGAGGAGGAACUCUUAGACCAUGUCCGCCAGGUGCUUGGCCGUUUCAGAACCGCGGGCCUCACCGUCAAGUGCGAGAAGUGCCAGCUGGGCCUUCCACAGGUAGAGUUCCUGGGCUACCUCAUCGAUGCUGCUGGGAUCCACCCAACCCCAUCGAAAGUCAAGGCAAUCCACAGCGCCCCUCUGCCCAAGUGCAAGCAGGAGCUCCAGGCGUUCUUGGGACUUUUAAAUUUUUAUCACGCCUUCCUGCCCAACAAGGUGUCGGUCGCCGAGCCCCUCCACCGCCUCCUGGACAAGUCCGCUCCAUGGUUGUGGAGCAAGCCACAGCAGCGAGCCUUCGAGGCCGCAAAGGGCCUCCUCUCCUCGUCCAGCCUGCUCAUCCACUUCGAUGAGAAGUUGCCGGUGGUGCUGACCUGCGACGCCUCCCCAUAUGGCAUCGGUGCGGUCCUGCAGCACCAGUUGCCUGACCGUCAGGAAGCCCCAAUUGCUUUUUACUCCAGGACUCUCACGCCAGCCGAACGGAACUAUGCGCAGAUCGCCCGGGAGGCCCUCGCCGUCGUGGCUGGCGUCAAGAAGUUACACGACUUUGUCUACGGCCGCCGGUUCAUGAUUGUGACUGACCACAAGCCGCUCUUGGGGUUGUUCGUUCUGGAUCUCCAGACGCCGCAGAUCCUGUCGCCCCGGAUGCUCCGCUGGUCCAUUUUUAUGAACGCCUAUGAGUUCCAGCUCGCCCAUUGGCCCAGGAAGUCCAUCGGCAACACCGACGCCCUCAUCCGCCUGCCGCUUGAAGUCUGCGACCCUGACCCACAUCCCGCCGGUGACAUCAUGCUGCUGGAGUUGCUGCCAGAAGCCCCCCUCCACGCAUCAGACAUCGCCGCGCACACGGCUAAGGAUCGCACCCUCGCCCGGGUUCUCAACUGGGUGGGGAAAGGGUGGCCGGCCACCAAGCCGGACAGGAAAUUCAAGCCGUUCGCCAGGCGCCAACACGAGCUAUCACUAAACAAGGGGUGCCUGCUCUGGGGGAGCCGUGUGGUGAUUCCAGUGAAGCUGCGCACAGGGGUCCUGGAGGCUCUACACGUCUGCCACCUGGGAAUCGUGCGCAUGAAGGCCCUGGGUAAGACUUUUCUGAUUAUUGUGGACUUCUACUCUAAAUGGCUGGAGGUGGUCGAUGUCGGCUCUGUGACCUCGCGUACGGUCAUCCGAGAGCUGUGCAAGGUCUUCGCAACCCACGGUUUGCCAGACACCGUGGUCUCCGACAACGGGGCCCAAUUUAUGUCCUCCAAGUUCAAGGAGUUCCUGGCCAAGAACUUGAUACGCCACGCAACCUUGGCUCCGUUCCACCCCGCCACCAACGGACAGGCGGAACAGAUGGUCUGGACCACCAAGGAGGCAUUGCGACGCAUCGACCGUUGUGACUGGGACAGGGGGCUGGUGGAUUUCCUCCUAGCACAGCACACCACGCCCAACUCCGUGACUAGGAAGAGCCCCACGGAACUCCUCAUGGGUCGCCGGCCGAAAACUCUGCUCGACCGGCUGCACCCCAACCUGGCGCCUGAGUACCCGGGCCACAAGGACUCGACUGCCACUCCAAGGGUCGUUGAGCAGGACGACCCCGUGUUCGCCCGAAACUACAGAGGGGGCCCCGCCUGGAUUCCAGCCACUGUCCAGGAUGCCACCGGCCCGGUAUCCUAUCGGGUCAACACCCUGGAGGGGCGCACCCUGCGGUGCCACAUCGAUCAGCUACGCCGCCGCCCCGCUGACUUGCCGGAAGCAGCCAUGGUGCCAGCGCCACUGCCAAUUCCUGUCCCCAGGGAGCCGGAACAACCGGAGCGAUCAGAGCAAACGUUGCCGCUGCCAGCGCCGGACUCCUCCAGCAGCCCGGCGGACGACAACUCAGCCACCGAGGGUGAGACUGAUCCAGCAACGACAGAUCGCCCGACGUCCCCCAUCCCAGCGCCGCGCCGUUCCCAGCGGAAUCGAUCGCGGCUGAGCUACCUUCAGGACUUUGUGUGCUCCCAGUGCAUGGUGAGGGUCGCUCGGACUUAG